AUGGAAAAAGUGAACGAGAACGGUUAUAAACCAUUUGUUAGACAGUGUUUUCUGACAGCAAGUGUAGCCCUGAACAUCAUCGGCCAUGGCUGCGUCAUUGGAUUUCCAGCGAUUCUUAUCCCGGCUCUCCGUCUUCCUGAAUCUGGUAUCAAGGCGAGCGCGAGCGAAGAAUCAUGGAUAGCAUCAAUCGUCGGAUUCGCUUUGAUAAUGGGAAAUUUUAUCAUCACGCCCUUGAUGGAUACUUUGGGGCGAAAAAAAUCACACCUCCUCACCAUUUUGCCAAUAUUCACCGGAUGGUUCACUCUUCUCAUGGCAGAAAGCGUCACCUGGCUGAUCAUAGCGAGGUUCCUCCAAGGCAUCGCUAUGGGUAUGUUGGGACCACUCGGCUCCAUCAUAAUCGGUGAAAUGACAGACCCGAGGAACCGCGGAGCGUUCCUGACCUGUGUAUCCCUGUCAUUAACAAUAGGUGUGUUGUUCUCUCACUCUUUGGGGACGUUUUUCAGCUGGCAACAAAGCGCUCUGAUAUGCUCCUUCAUAACGUUUACCAGUCUACUACUAAUUAUGUACAAUCCCGAAUCACCGUCUUGGCUGAUCGCUAAAGGGAAAUAUGAAAAAGGAGAAGAAGUCUUCUUUUGGUUGAGAGGAAGAUCUCCAAAGCAGGAAGCCGAAUUGGACGACAUGAUCGCCGCUCAGAAGUCGCUCCGGAAAUCGAGCAUCAUCGGUCAGAAAGUAACGUUUGGCGUGCGAGUUAGAAGAUUCUGCAUCUACCUGAACGAAACAUUUAGGAAACCUGAAUUCUACAAGCCCAUAAUUAUUAUGUUCGUUUUGUACACUAUGUUCCAAUUCGCCGGUAUCAACGUUAUAAGUUCGUAUGCGAUGGAUAUCAUCGAUCAAGUGGUCGGCCCCGAAGCGAACGCUAAAUUCUUAAUGGUCCUGCUAGAUGUGGAAAGACUGAUUUGUAAUUUGUUAGCUGUAUUUUUAAUGAAGACGAUGAAGCGACGCACGUUGCUGUUCAGCAGCUCAGCUAUUUGCGUCUUCUCAUAUCUAGGCAAAAGCUAUUAUAUAUAUGCUAGGGAUAAUAACGCGUUACCGUUCACUAGUCAGUGGAUACCGAUAAGUUUGAUAGGUUUAUAUAUGUUUUCAUUGACUGUAGGUAUAUCGUCCAUACCGUUUACGAUAUCUGGAGAAAUAUUUCCCUUAGAAUAUCGAGGUUUCGGGGGUGGUAUAAGUGUAUUGGCUUUGUCUUUUAACUUCUUUGUAGCUGUAAAGUCUUUCCCAGUUUUAACAUCCGCUGUUGGGUUGUCUAUUACUUACCUUAUGUAUACGGCGGUUGUGGUUGUGUGUCUCUCUAUUUUAUAUUUUAUGUUACCGGAAACGAAGGAUAGGACAUUGCAAGAAAUCGAAGAUAGCUUUAGAGGGGUGUCAGCUGCUGAUAGGAAAUGUGUGGAGCCUUUGAACGGCACUCACAAUGCGUAG